GCUGUUCAAAGCUACUCGUGCAGCAGCAGCUUGAACACACACACACCCACACACCUUCCACACACCCCCACCCUCUUAUCACUUUAAUCUUCACGCCACAGGUAGAAAUAAAUACGCGGGGAUUCCAGUCUAAAAAUCACUCGGUACGGGUCACACAUAAGGAAGAGGAACACAUCACACUCCCCUGCACUCCAUCAGAUUUUUUUUGGUUUAAAAAUGGCUCAGCUUUAUCAGUACGUCUUCCUGGCGCUAUUCAUCGCCGACUUCAUCUGCCUGACAAUAGCAAGUUAUCCCCCAUCUUGGAGACGAAACGGCGGCAUCAUUCCCAUGUCCGCCCACCACCACCCUCACGAACAGCACGAAGACAUCCCCGCCGAAAACAACUCAACAAGAACCGCCACCAUCGGCGCCGAGGAUGGUACGGACGACCCCGAGCUGGCCAGUGAAGAUACCCAGACUCCUCCGCCGGAAUUCUCCACCUGCCCACCGUGCUGGAUGCAGGAACAGCAGAAGCAGUUCCGCAUUGAAAGCAUCAAGAAGCGCAUCCUGGAAAAAUUACAGCUGACCCGCGUACCAAACAUCACAGGACCUCAUCCAAAGAACCCGGCGAUUAAUAACCUGCUAAAUAAUUACCCCCAGUUCCAGAACAAUCCUUCCUUCCAAUCCGACUCACCACAGGCCGAGUACCACGACCCCGCCCCUGCACAGCUAGAAAGGAUACUAAUAUUUGCAAAAAGACCACUCCAGACCCAAGGAAUUGCAUCGCCACCCUGCUGCUACUUCAACGUCGCCGAGAAAAUAGUCGGGUACCACGUCUCGAGUGCCAAGCUUUACUUCUACGUCGCCCCUGCCAAAGUCAUCCAGAACACGCUCCACCUGAUGACUAUCAAGAUGAUCACAGCUAGACCGCACCCGGAAGGACACACCAAGCUCCGACUCGUGGCCAAAAUCAAGGUCCAGUUGAGCCUCAGGGUAGGGGCAUGGAAGAGCGUGGACUUCACCAAUGUGGUGCAAGGCUGGGCAGCCGAACCAGAGACGAAUCUUGGUAUCGUGUUGGAACUCACUGACGAUGCAGGGAAUUCGGUCCUCAUAACUGAAACUUCGACGGAAGAACCGAGGAGGCCAUUUUUGCAACUGAGGCUAGAUGAUGACCGGAGAGUCAGGACGAAGCGCCAAAGCGAACGCAUGUGUUCGGAGGAUCGACAGGAACGAGAAUGUUGUAUGUUCCCCCUCAUUGUGGACUUCCAACAGUUUGGGUGGGACUGGAUCAUCGCACCCAGGACAUAUGAUGCCAAUUACUGCUUCGGGAGUUGCCCUGAUCAUUACUUUUACAGGUACCCCCACACGCAGCUAAUAAGUCAGAUGGAUCGCAUGGCAGUCGCGGGACCCUGCUGCUCACCGAGCAAGAUGACUUCGAUAAGUCUUCUCAUUUUUGACGAGGACGGCGACAUCAGGAAUGCGGAACUUCAGGAUAUGGCUGUGCAAACGUGUGACUGCGCCUAGAGCGAAGGAACACCGGAAACCGGCGAAACCUACCGAACGAGAGAUGAUCCUUCUUCCCGAAUCCAGACCAAA